AUGGUGCCACCAAAAAAGAGUGUCAAGAUGGAUCUGAACUCGUUCCUGAACGAUGAGUCGUUCGGUGAAUCGUGGGCUGAAGAAGAAGUUGACUUAGAGAAGAUUAACAUUCCUAUCCAAUCAGGGAGACCUAGCGCUCUGUCCCCAAUGGAGAACUUUGGCGGAGGUGGCAAAGGCUCUCGCUUGGACCCUGCCUUGGCCCCAGAGAGGUCAGAGCGCGUACAGUACGACAUUCCAAACCAUCCUCCUUAUAGAGCUGUGAUCAAUAACUUGCCAUGGGAUGUUUUGGAAGAUGGUAUUAAAGCUUGGUUUGAAGAUGGUUUGAACAGACCUGGCGCGGUCGAAGACGUCGCCGCGCCCAGAGACUACAAUGAACCUACUAGACUUAAAGGUUUUGCAUUUGUUACCCUGUGCGACCGUGAUGCUUUAGAAGCGUCUCUUAAGUUCAACGCCACUAAGCUCAAUGAGCGUAUGGUUUACGUUUCUGUUGCUGCUCCUCAAAGAGGUGGCUUCAGGGGUGGUGACAGAAUGGGCGGCUUCGACGACAUUGAUUGGAGCGGCGCCAGAGGCUCUGCCUUCCAGGGCUCUAGAAGGGAGGAGCCUGACCUGGACUGGGGUGUUGCCAGAGGCUCUGGCUUCCAUCCUUCCGCUGACAGAGGUCCAAGAAGAGAAGAUAUUGAUAUCGACUGGAGUUCUGCAAGAGGCUCUAGCUUCCAGGAAAGAAAGCCAAGAAGAGAAGAACCAGACCUCGACUGGAAUGCCGUUAGAGGCUCGGGCUUUCAUCCCUCUGCUGAGAGAAAACCAAGAAGAGAGGAGCCAGAUUUGGACUGGGGCGCUGUAAGAGGCUCCAACUUCACUCAGAAGCCAUCGAGACCUGAAAGAAGACCCAAAGAUGAGCCCGAGCUUGACUGGGGCGGAGCCAGAGGUUCUAGAUUUGGUCAACGCUCGAACUCUAGAAAGACUACACAACAAAAGACUGCUAAGUCAUCAGCAGCUGCAGAGGAUACUCCAAAGAUCCAGAAGUCCGCUUUUGAUGUGCUUUCGACAGAAGACGACGACGAACAAACGGCAGAAUCCGAGUCGGUUCCAAAAACGAAACAAGACGAUGUUGCCACCCUUGAGGAAUCCACAUCAAAGCUUACUGUCAAAGAUGACGAUGAGGAAUGGGAAACUGUGGGCAAGAAAUAG